UUUACGGCAAUUGCAUGUGUUAUUCAACUUGACUUGGAUCCGUUUUCAAUGACCAACUUGUUUCACAGCUUAUAGAUGGGUCUCCGUGUAUCAAAGUUAAAGAAAGCCAUUAUAGAUGACCAUCUUCUCCUGACAAAUAUUUUGACGACUGGUGGUUUGCUUGCUGCUGGAGAUGUUCUUACACAGACCUUGGAGAUUAGUAUGGACAAGGAGAAUAAACAGAAAUUCUGUUGGUAUCGGACAGAGCGGAUGUUGGCAGUAGGUAUGGCUUUGGGUCCAUUUGCUCAUGUAUGGUACAGCAAGAUUGUAGAUAAACUAGUACCUGGGGUAGCCAGCACUCAAACAGCUCUCAAGAAAAUUCUAGCUGAUCAACUUGUUGCUGGACCAUUCUUCUGCAGUGGUUUUUUCUUUGGAAUGGGAUUGCUGGAAGGAAAAGGAGGAGAGGGGGCUGUUGCUGAGGUUAAACAAAAGUUCCUACCAGUAUAUAUGAUUGAUUGGUGCGUGUGGCCACCAGCUCAGUUUAUCAACUUUCGAUUUCUUCCUGUUGAAUUCCGAGUGAUUUAUGUUGCCUGUAUCACACUCUGCUGGAACACAUUUUUAUCGUAUUACAAGCAUAUGGAUGUAAAUAAGAUUACAGAAAAACAAGAAGUCAAAAGCUGAUGAUCAAUUUUUCAUAGGGUGUGAGAGACUUAAUGUGUUAGCCAGAGUUCAUUUUUUUUUCAGUUUAUUAGUCAACUGUUGUUAUGAGAUUUUAAGAUAUUUUGUACAUGUACUUGUCUGUUCAGCAUAGGAUUCAAGUAAUGAUUAUUUUUAUAUCGUUUUCUUCUCAUUCAUGUAUUUAUUUACAUGUCAUUAUAAUCUCCCAUUUAAGUUUUUUUAAUCUUAUUUUU